AUGGCUAAAGUACUUCAAAAAUGUCACAUCAUUGUUUGGGAUGAAUGCACAAUGGCACAUAAGUAUUCAUUGGAAGCAUUAAAUCGAACACUUAAAGAUUUAAAUGCCAACGAUAGACUUUUUGGAGGCGCUUUAAUUUUAUUGGCAGGUGAUUUUAGACAAACAUUGCCAGUUAUUCCACGUUCAACCUAUGCUGAUGAAGUCAAUGCUUGCCUCAAAUCAUAUAUUUUGUGGCGAAAUGUCCAUAUAUUGCGACUUACCGAAAUCAUGCGUGUUGGACUACAGAGGGAUUUAGCUGCAGAACUAUUUGCCAAACAAUUGAUGGAUAUUGGUAAUGGAAACAACCAUCAGUGGCUUCAAAGUAGAGCGAUUCUGGCUGCCAAGAACUUAGAUGUCGAUGAAAUCAAUUCCAAAAUUCAAGCUAUGCUACCUGGUAAUUUAAUUUCGUUAAAAUCCAUCGACACAGUGGUAGAUGAAAACGAGAUUGUGAAUUAUCCCACUGAUUUCUUAAAUUCGCUUGAUUUGCCAGAACUACCACCACACAAUUUAGUUUUAAAAGUUGGUUCACCAAUCAUUUUAUUACACAAUCUAAACCCACCAAAAUUAUCAUUUGCGAUGACAAUUAAUAAAUCUCAAUGUCAAACAUUAAAAGUAUGUGGACUGAAUUUGGAAAAUACAUGUUUUUCGCAUGGGCAACUAUAUGUUGCAUGUUCCCGUAUUGGAAAACCUUCUGAUCUAUAUAUGUAUAUACGGUCAAAAUGGCUUAACAAAAAAUAUUGUUCAUGA